AUGGCGUACGAUUGGCAGGUCGUCAAUAGCAUCUUGAACGACAGCGAGAAGAAUCGCUUUCUAUGCUGCGUGAUAAACAGCGAUCAAGGCGCUUUCAACAGCAUUGUGAACUGGGAGAAAGCUACGAGCGACUUCGGCUCCGCCAGUGUCGAAAGCAUGAGGAAAUGCCUCUCCAACACGCUCAAGAAGAUCGAAAAUGCGGGAGGCAAGAUCGGCGUGUCUGCAUCUGACGGCGCCGUCAAUAAGACACCAGGAAGUUCGAGCACGGGGAAGAAGCGCAAGACUGCUGCUGAAGCGGAUCCUGGAGGGAAAAGUGACAGUGGCACGCCGACUCCGAAAGCUAAGCGUGGACGACCGAAGAAGGAGCCUGCUGCUGAAUCACGCAAAGGUAUAAUGCCACGAAUCUUCGUAUGCUAG